UCCGUUUCCCGUCGCGCGCGAGCCGCAGGCUGCGAUGGAGUAGCGGCGGAUGGGCGUCUCGCGGAGGCAGAUCGAGAACUGCUGGUGCGAGACCUUGUGCCGCCAGCCCUCGGGCUGCACUCGCUGGCCGGGCUUCGACAGGCGCGGGCCGACAGCUCGGCUCGUCGGCGGGGUCUGGCCGGGCGGCGGCUCGCAGCUGAGCCCGAGAAAGCAGGAAGCAGCCUGUGCGGGAGUCGAGCUGUCUGAGGAAGAAGAUACUUUUAUUUUGUACCAGACCAGUUGGGGUCUCAGUUAUCAAAGGUGGCACCAGUGAGGUGUCAGACGCAGGAAUAAAACUGUUGCUAGAGCAGAAUGAUGAUGGUCGAUCUGAAGGUGGUUGAGCAUUUGGACCCUCAGAUCAGGGCUCUGUGGGAGACUAAGGAACCUGUGACAGAAGGCUCUAGUCAAAAUACAAAAUCUCCACAAACAGACAGUCUUGAUCCCAAGAGCUCUUGCUGGUAUUUCCGGAACUUCUAUUAUCACAAAGCAGCUGGACCCCGUGAGGCUGUCAGCCAACUUCAGGAAUUAUGCAAUCUGUGGCUGAGACCAGAGAUCCACUCAAAAGAGCAAAUCUUGGAACUUCUGGUACUAGAACAAUUCCUGACCAUCCUGCCAAGGGAGACACAGACGCAGUUGCAGAAGCACCAUCCAGAAAGCAUCGAGGAGGCUGUGGCACUGGUAGAACACUUGCAGAGGGAAUCUGGUCAAGGGAGGAAUGGGGUUACAGCCCAUGAGCUGGGAAAGAAAGCAUUGUUGGAAGAAACAGCAGAGGCCCCAGGUUUCAAGCUUAAUCCAGCAGAGUCCCAAACAGAGGGCAUAUCCCAGGAUAAAGAAUUUUGGAAUACAUACCAAGGACGACAAGAACAGCUGAACAAGAGUACUUAUAAGGAAACUGAUCCUGUAUAUAAGACAGAUGAGCCUGCUCAACAGAUUCUAUCCUUUCCUGAGCAGACAGCUACCAAAGACUGGACAGUGACUCCUGAACUCAUCUUGCCUGAGUCCCAGAGUUUGUUGACAUUUGAAGAAGUGGCCAUGUAUUUUUCCCAGGAAGAAUGGGAGUUACUGGAUACUGCUCAAAAGGCUCUCUACAAUGAUGUAAUGCAGGAAAACUAUGAGAAUGUCAUCUCUGUAGCAUUAUUUGGGCUCCCCAAACCUAAAGUGAUCUCCUGUCUAGAACAAGGGGAAGAGCCAUGGGUUCAAGGGCCCUUGGAUUUCAAAGACAGUCCCAGAGAGUCACCUACAGAAUUAAAGCUAAGAAGUGACACUGAAAAUCAGCAAUCUGUUGCCCUUUCUGCUUUAGAAAUACAUGCACCAAGAGACAUAGUAUCAAAAAAGGCCAAAGUGAAUGUUCACCUGCAAACAAGCAAAGAAAAUCAUAGUGACAUGCACAGAGUAGGGAAAUGGUACAGAGAUUUUCCAGUGAAGAAAAGAAGGAAACUGUCAACAUGGAAACAAGAGUUGCUGAAACUAAUGGAUCUUCACAAGAAAGACCGUAUAGGAGAGAAGCCUUUUAAAUGCCAGGAAUGUGGGAAAAGCUUCAGAGUUAGCUCUGACCUUAUUAAGCACCAAAGAAUUCACACUGAAGAGAAACCAUAUAAGUGUCCACAGUGUGAUAAGAGAUUUAGAUGGAGUUCAGAUCUUAAUAAGCACUUAACAACGCACCAAGGAAUAAAACCAUAUAAAUGUUCAUGGUGUGGGAAAAGCUUCAGUCAAAAUACAAAUCUUCACACACAUCAAAGAACUCACACAGGAGAGAAGCCCUUUACAUGUUAUGAAUGUGGGAAAAAAUUCAGUCAGAACUCUCACCUUAUUAAACACCGCAGAACCCACACAGGUGAGCAGCCUUACAGCUGUGGUGUAUGCAAGAGAAACUUUAGCAGGCGAUCAAGUCUUCUUAGACACCAGAAAAUCCACCGAUGAAGGAAAGUGUGUCCAAUGUCCUCAUUCUGAAAAAACUCAACAAGUGGAGCUUUAUAGUAAAGUUGAAGACAAGCAGAAUUGUGAAGCAUGAAGAGUUUUUCAUCAUUGGAAAAUUUGGGGAUAUAGAUACAUUGUUUCACAGAAAGAAAUCAAAGUUGUAUGUUAAGGGUAGGUUAGCUGUACUACUUUCUGUUUUUAUUAUUAUCUGCCAGGGAGUUCCUUAGCAAGAAAGGUGUUCUAAGACAGUAGUGGCAAACUUACAGCACACAUCUUCAUUGGGCUGUUUGUUAUCGUUGAAAGCCCUAAAAGGUUUGCCAUCACUAUUCUAGAAGCACUCUGAAUAAGGAAAAGGUUGUUUUAGGAUUGUACUUGGAAAAAUAGUAAUUUCAAUUUAAGGUUGCAGAUGCAGCCAAUGAGUUGUCUAUUAAAAGUAAAUAUUGUUACUUUUGCACUGAUCUUCCACUCUGGAAUGUACAUGUUGGAAAUAUUUAUAGCAUUGUCUUUAAGACAAAAAAAAAAAUGUGUCUGUUUAAUUGCAAACUAUUGUCUUCAGAAUUGUAGGCUUACCAAUUUUAAUAGUCUUUGCUGGGCAGAGAUGAAUUCUCCUAGAACAUUUUCCAGCAGCUAAAUUGGAUAUUCUCUCUUGUCUUUGGACACUGUUCACAAAGUUGGACGUCAUUUGAGUUCCUUCUUGAACUUUUUAGGAACCUGAGCUCUUGAAUCCUGUUAACAUAAUUGCUACUGUUAUGAAAUAAUUUAUUUUACCAGUAGGUAGUCUGCCAAAUGAACUAAUAAUGCACUAUUUUAUGUCUCACUGGUGAUGUUUGGGAAAUGGAGAACAUCUCUAAUGAGAUCAUACAGAAACGGGUUGGAAUUUGUAGCCAUGAUUAUAUAUGAGAUGUAAAGAGUUUUCUGCAAUAAAAGAAAUUAGACUUUUUUUUUAACUACAAAAUGUCAGUAGAGCAGUCAUAAAUAUUAACACUUAUCCAAGGCAUGAAAGAAAAUUUAUGAGUGUUUAGGAUCAACUUCUUUUGGUUUUUGUUUACUUUUUAAUUUGGCUUUUAUUUGUCAUUGAGGAUGAGAGUUAUGUUUGUAUGAAAACUGGAAUGUAUAUGCUAUAGGCAGGAUUCUGUUGGUUACUUAACGUGGAUACUGAGCAUCUAGUCAGGAGAUUGAGUUCCCAAAAGGAACAGUUUGGGAACUUAUGGUUGAUAUUAAGCAAAGAUAAGCAAAUCAACAUCUGUGUUUUGUCUUAAAAUGAAAGCUGAGAGGGUGAGUUUACCUGUCUUUUCUAUCCAGGGCAGUAUUUAUAGCAAUCUCAGGUAAUAAAUUUAUUAAGAUUGCUGAUAGUCUGUAAUAUAUGGAUUUUCAUCUAAUUCAGCUGUUUUAGCUGCAACAGUGACUCAGGUGUUUUAUAGUUUGGGAUUUUGGGUAUACCAGGAAAGAGGUUAAAGAAAUUAUUUCUCCCAAGUCAUUUAUAAAUGAAAUUGAGGCUCAUAGAGUUACAUAGACAUCCCAAAACCCCAUUACUAUAGGACCUGUUAGAUAUCACUUAGUUUCAUCUGUCAGAUAUGAAGGCAAAAUUAGUAGGACCAAUUUGUUUUGUAAUGCCUACUUAACCAGACUGAAUAACAUUGUGUUGUAUCUAAUUCUAGCUUUAAAACAUUCCUGUUUUUUGAUUGGUUCCUGAAGUAUGCUGUUUUUCCUGAAUAUCUUCAUCUUCUUUAUAAAAUAGAGUUAACAAUCAACUUGAUUUUAUUCUGGGGAUUUGAUGGAUUAAUGAAAGUGGAUCACCUAAAACAGGGCCUGAUCCAUAGUAGAUGCACAGUCUGUAUGUUUUCUUUCCCUUUUCCUUUCUUUCCAGUGAUAAGUUGGGUGGGCUGACUGCAAUAAAAAGAAAUGUGUGUGUGGCUAUUACAGCUCCAAUCCAGAGGUGAACAUUUGUGGUAAUGGUUAUACUGAGCUGAUUUGAUCCUUGGUUUUGGUGCUUUAUGUUAUUUGUCGCAGGAACCAUCUACGUAAUUGUCUGAAGUUCUCCGCAAUUUUAUUUCAUAAGUUAUAUGAAGUAUUCUUUUUAAGGCUAGCUAUUGCUGGUACAUAUAGCAGCCUCUCAGCCUUAGAUCUUGGGCUUCUGUCUCUUUGCGUAGGAAAUAAGGGGAUUUCUUCCUGAUCCUAUAUUCACUCAGUUAAUUUGAGGGUCUUUUGUGUUCUAGCGACUAUACUAGACUGAAGCUACAGCAAAUGAGAUAAAAACACAUUCUUUAACAGUUUUUAUUCUAGUAAAGAGGACAAAAAAGGAAAAUAGUUUUUUCCUUGCUAUUUGCAGUAAGACUGGGUCAUGAGAUAGUUUUUCUUAGUGGGUUGUAAGCAGAAGCCUCACUUCUGGGCUGAAGGUUUUAUUCACUGGUACAAGACCCCUUUCCUUUCCUGUAUCAAUCAUGGAAACAUACAGAGUAGCCAUGAGAUCAAGCAAUUGGGAAUGCUGAGUCCCCACAUGAAGAGCAGCUAUUCUGGAGUCCCCAGACCUGUAAUGGACUUUAUGGGAAGGAGAAAUAAAUGUUACAUUAAAUCAUGGA